CGGUGCUCGUGGCUGCAGGACACUCGGGCCUAAUGGAGCAGGGAGGCUGGUGGCAGUGGCUGCUGCUGCUGGUGGGCAUCCAGCUGGCUGGUGGCCAGUGCCCAGAGCAGUGCCAGUGCGUCCGCACUGCCCAGGUGGAAUGCUCUGGUGCCGGCAUCACCGCAGUCCCUAGCCCCAUCCCUGAGAACGCCAUGACCCUCCAGAUCAUCAACACGCGCAUUGCCGAGCUGGGCGACGCGUCCUUCGGCAACGCCUCCCUGCUGAUCGGGCUGCGCAUCGAGAAGAACAACCUGUCGCGCAUCAGCCCCGGGGCCUUCCAGCACCUGCCCGACCUGCGCUACCUCAGCCUGGCCAGCAACAAGUUGCAGGAGCUCCCUGUGCAGGUCUUCAAGCCCCUGGACAAGCUGGAGUCGCUGCUUCUCUCCAGCAACCAGAUCCUCCAGGUCGAGCCUUCCCACUUCGCCCACCUAAGCAACCUCAAGGAGCUGCAGCUCCACGGGAACAACCUGCAGGAGCUGAAGGAGGGGGUGUUCGACCAGCUCACCAGCCUCACCAAGCUCAACCUGGCCAGGAACAACAUCGAUCGCCUGCCGCCCCAGGCCUUCGAGCGGCUGGCGCGGCUGCAGGUGCUGCGGCUCUACGAGAACCGGCUCCGGCAGAUCCCAGCGGGCGCCUUCGACGGGCUGCCGGAGCUGCAGGAGCUGGGGCUGCACCAGAACCAGCUGGAGACGCUGUCCCCGGAGCUCUUCAUGCACAACGGGAACCUGCAGAAGCUCUACCUGUCCAACAACCUCCUUGCUGCCUUGCCAAGCGGCAUCUUCUUGCCCCUGCGUGCCCUCGCCAAGAUCACCCUGCACGUCAACCGCCUGCGGGACAUCUCCCCUGGUGCCUUUGGGCCUAUGCCCAACCUGCGGGAGCUGUGGCUCUACGAGAACGAGCUUUCCACCCUCCCUGCUGCCGUCUUUGGCAACCUCACCCAGCUGCAGCUCCUGGUCCUCAGCAAGAACCGGCUGCGCUCCGUGGCGCCAGGGGCUUUCCGGGGCUUGGGGGAGCUGUUGGAGCUGUCGCUGCACUCCAACGCCCUGCACCGCCUGGACGCCCAGGUGCUGGAGGGGCUGCCCAAGCUGCAGAACAUCUCCCUGCACCACAACCAGCUGCAGGUGCUGCCGCGGGGCCUCUUUGGGGCCACCCCGGGGCUGCGGCACCUGCAGCUGCACUCCAACACGCUGGAGUACCUGCCUGCUGGCAUCUUCUCCCCCCUGGCUGCCCUGCGGGAGGUGAAGCUGCACAACAACUCCUGGCGCUGCGACGAGGGCAUCCUGCCCCUGCGGGGCUGGCUGGAGGACAACCCCCACAAGGUGGGCGAGAUACCCCCCCUCUGUGCCCAGCCCCCUGCCCUGCGGGGCACCCCCAUCGCUGGGCUGCCGCGGGACCAGCUCCUUUCCCCCUGGUCCCCCACUGCCUCCCCCCAUCCCAGCACCCCACUCCCAGCUCACCCCUCUGAGGCAGCAUCGCCAGAGGGUGCCUGGACGGAGCCCCCCAUGGGGCUGCCGGUCUCCCCCCGGGAGGAGGAGAAGGAGGAAGAGGAGGAGGAGAGGGGGCAGUGGGGGCUGACGCGCACGCAGAGCGGGGUGGUGGUGGCGGUCAUCGUGCUGGUGUGUCUGGCCCUGCUCGCCGCUCUCGUGGCACUGGUGGUCUACGGCUGUAGGAAGAAGAGCCACGUUGUGCUCAUGAGGAUGAAGGCAUCUAACGAAGCCUGAGCACCCGGCAGACCCUGGGGGGAGCGAUGCUGGAGGGGCGUCCCCUCCCCACUGGGCCAAGGGACACAACAGCAGCUCUGCAUCAGCUGCCCUCGCUGAUUCGGACAGGCCAACAUCACCCCACGUGCUGUGUGUCCCCCUGUCCUGCUCUGCUUUGCCCUGUCCCUGCUCUGCAGCAGGGCCUCCCCCUGGGUGACCUCCCACAGCUGCCCUCUGUCCCCAGCCCCUCCUGCCUCCAGCGCAGCCUCUGUGCCCAUUCCCUGCCUGGGGGCAGCAGCCAGGAUGUGGGGGGGGGCUUUUGAGAGGGACCCUUCAAGCAGGGAGCCACAGCCUGGCCGUGAUGGUGCUUACCCCAAACAACAAAACUUUCCCCAUCCUUCAUCUCACAUCGUCCCCUCCAGCCCUGCCUGCCCUUGCACUACCUGCUGCCCUCCCCUAGCCCCUCUCCCCCAUUUUCCCCCCCACCCCAUGCCUUCAGCCUCUGCCCCUGCCUGGGCAGGCAGGUGCUAGCCACCAUGCAGGGCCAGGAGCUGAGCGAGCGCUUUUGCCCGCAGCAGAGCUGUGUGUCCUUGUGCUGCUUUGUAGCUCGCCUGCAUCUGGGUGGGGAUCCCCGCAGGGCUAGGCUGCCUGGGUGGCACACCCUGAGUGACUCGGCCGCGUCCAAGCUGCCCUCCCUGCCUGCAGGCAGCAUGGGCCAAAGCAGAGACAGCAUCUUCACUCACCCCAAGCAACCUCCUGCUCCCCUCGCGCUUGUGCAUCUCCUGCCAGGACAGCUGCGGCGCCAUGUGCCGGCGUCUGGGUGCAGCGGCAGAUCCCCUGAGCCCUUGCCUCACACUGGUGCUAACCCUCCUGCAGCCAUGCCCCUGCCUGCAGCGCCCUGCUCCAAACCCAUGGGUGGCCGGGGGGCUCACACCAGCUCCUGCUGCAGGGGGAUUAUAGAGGUGGGGUGCAAAGCAUGCACAGAGCUGGACCCGCUGCCUGGCCGUGCUGGCCACCCCUUCCCCUGCAAGGGCUGUCUGCCAGGGGCUGGGAGAGGCUCCUGCACUUGUGCAGCGGGGCUGCUAGAGCAUGCUUGAGCUGUUCCUGCUGCACCCUAUCCCUGGUCCUCACUGCCUCGACACCCUCGUGCAUAACCCACUACCUAGUGAGCAGCCUGGCCCUGCUCUGCCUGGCAAAGCUACAUCCUCUCCUCCCAUCUCCUCGUCCUCUUCCCACCCCGAGUGUCCCCCUGUGUGUGUGCCCGGUCCUGCUGCCUGCUCGCAGCCCUCGGGCAGCAGGGAUGCUGGGGGGGCUGUCAGUAAGUGCUGGAUGCUCUGCAAACUGGAGGCAGGGGCCACACUGUCCCCCAGCAGCACCUGUGUCCAGAGGCCACUGUGCCUCUUCCAGCUGUGGCAUGGCCAUGGAAGCUCACCUCUGCGUGUGGUGUGGUGGCACCGGGCUGCCUGAGGAUUGCUGCCAUGGGACAAGGAUCAUACCUGUGCACCCCGUGGUGCUGGCUGCUCACAGCGCCCCAGGAGCUAGCGCUGGCACAAGCAGCCCCACGCUCGUGCACAUGAUGGGAUGCUCCUCCAGGCUGGGACCUGCAUGGCAGCGGGAAACACGGGACUGUGCCGCGAGGCUGUUGGGUGCUGCUCUGUGACCUCCCCAUUAAAACACAGUUGUCCACC